AUGCAGAAAGUAGAAGUAUUUGGAGAAGUUCCACUCGCGAGAUUUGGUCACACUAUUACCCAAGUUUCAAAAUCUAAAGUCGUUUUGUUUGGAGGGGCUACAGGUGAUACAGGCAAAUAUAUUAUCACAGGAGACACCUACGCACUCGACUUAAUUUCUUACAAAUGGACAAAACUAGAAGGAAGUGGUAUUGCUCCAUCACCAAGAGCAGCUCAUGGAAGUUGCUCAGUAGAUCAAUUGCAAAUGGUCAUCUAUGGUGGUGCUACAGGCGGUGGAAGUCUUGCUUCAGAUGAUCUAUAUUUACUUGAUUUAAGAAAUGGAGAUCAGUCAGCUCAAUGGAUGAUUGUCCCAAUCGUAGGUCAAACUCCAGGCCGUCGUUAUGGACAUACCAUUGUUUUCUCUAAGCCUUACUUGCUGGUUUUUGCUGGUAAUACUGGAACUGAGGCUGUAAAUGAUGUUUGGUGUUUGAAUGUUGAUAAAGCCCCAUUCUCGUGGUCUAAGCUAGAAACUCCAGGGGAAGCACCAAUUGUAAGAGUUUAUCAUUCAGCAGCUCUCUGCUCAACAGGAAGUGCAACUGGAAUGAUGGUUAUUUUCGGAGGUAGAACAUCUGAUUAGAGUGCAUUGAAAGAUACAUGGGGUUUGAGAAGACAUAGAGAUGGAAGAUGGGAUUGGGUAAAAGCUCCUUAUAAACCUAACACAGAAGAGCCACUUGCUAGAUAUCAACAUUCAACUUUGUUUGUCGGUACUCUUAUGAUAGUGCUAGGAGGCAGAACUAACAAUGUAGGAGAAAAUGUUUAACUAGAAGUUUAUGAGACAGAAUCUUCAGAAUGGAGAAAGUUUUCAACUCUUUAAAGAUUUAGACAUACAGUCUGGGCUCUUGAUGCAAUGAUAUAUAUGCAUGGUGGAUUUGAAAACGAAACUCCCAAUAUUCCAACUAAUACUAUCGUAAAGCUCGACUUGUUAGGAGUAUUCAAGGGAAAUUAAAUUCUAAUAGAUAAAUUGAAGAAUGUUGUAGGUCCUGGCAAAAAGGAUAAUCCUUAAGAUAAUAGACCAGGCUCCAAAUCUCCUACCGAUGACAGCUGGUCAGGAGGCUCAAAAACUCCUCCCUCACAAGGUAGCAAGUCACCUUCAAUCAGAUUUGAUUAAAUUCAAAUUGUCGGUCCAAAUGAUAAUAGACCACAAUAGUUAAGUCUAGAUGAACUGACCAGAAAGCCUGGCGAAAAGCCCGUCAAACAAAAACUUAACUCAGUUGACACUCUUUAUUCCCUUUUCUUAAAUCAUUUACUCAGACCACGAGAAUGGAAUGCUCAGUUCGAUGGAAAUGGAUACUUCGCAUUUAGAAGAGAACAUAUUAUUGCACUUGCUGAAGAAUGUCAAAAAAUAUUAGAAGAAUAACCAAUGGUACUAAAAGUCGAUGCCCCUAUUAAAGUAUUCGGUGAUAUUCAUGGUUAAUAUCAAGACCUAAUGAGAUUCUUUGAUUUGUGGAGCACACCAUCAGAGACUGGAGAUAUUGAAUCCUUUGACUAUUUAUUCUUAGGAGAUUAUGUUGACAGAGGCUCUCACUCAUUGGAAACUAUUUGCCUGUUAAUGGCAUUAAAAGUUAAAUAUCCCGAUAAAAUCCACUUGCUCAGAGGUAAUCACGAGGACAAAUGGAUCAAUAAUGCAUUCGGAUUUGCAGAGGAAUGUUCUCACCGUUUAGGAGAAGACCCAGCAGAGCCUGAUUCUGUUUUUAAUAAAAUUAAUGAUCUCUUCGACUGGCUGCCACUUGCUGCUGUUAUUGAAGAUAAGAUUGUUUGCCUUCACGGUGGUAUUGGAAGUACCCUAGUUAAUAUAGAGCAAAUUGAAAUGAUUCAGAGACCACUGGAAGUCAUUCAUGAAGUCUCAACACCUGAGUAAUAACUAGUUGUUGAUAUUUUAUGGAGUGAUCCCACUGAUAACGAUUCAGAACUAGGAAUUCAACCUAACUUCAUUAGAGAUCCAAAUGGAACUGGUAAUAUUGUUAAAUUCGGUCCAGAUAGAGUGAAAUAGUUCCUUGAUAAUAAUAAAGCAAAGUAUAUAUUGCGUGCUCAUGAAUGUGUAAUGGAUGGCUUUGAGAGAUUCGCUGGAGGUUAGCUAUUUACUGUCUUCUCAGCUACUGAUUAUUGCGGCAGGCAUAAAAAUGCUGGAGCCAUGCUUUAGAUUACUAAGUAGUAUGAGUUAGUACCUAAGAUGAUUUAUCCACUAAAUAACCCUGAGCAGAACUGGAUUACUGAUGAAGAGCCCUUGAAGAAGAGACCUCCCACUCCUCCAAGAUGGGCUAAUCAAGGUACAAGAAAGGCAUCCUACGAAUGA